AUGAUUUCCUUAGAAUGGCGCAUUUCCUUUAAGCUUAUCACAGGAGACUGGUCGCCUUCUGAUGAGCCUUCUAGCUUCUACAUUGGCAUAUGCAACUGCCAGAUCCCUCCAGGUGCACUAGGUGCACAUAGGCUGCAAGAAGCCCGAUUGUCUGCCUCUGACCACAUAGAGUAUGGAGGGAAAAAAUUUGUGAUCCAGCCAGAUGGUUUGCCUUCUGCCCGUAAGUUGGUUUACUAUACAGGUUGCCCCUUCCGAUCUCGGCAUUUGCUACAACUGCUCAGCAACAGUCACCGGUUGUUUCUUAAUAUCCAGCCCAUACUCAAACAGAUCCAGAUGCUGGAAGAUGCAGAAGAGAAAAAGAGGUAUCGAGAAUCCUACAUCAGUGAUACUUUGGAGAUAGAUUUCGAUCCAUCAGAUAAGCAUUCACAUGACAGUGGAAGCAGCAGAGGAAGUGAGAGUAACAACCGACUGUCUCGACAGUCCACUGACAGCCAUGGCAGUUCACACACCUCUGGCAUUGAGGCCGACUCGAGACAACACCUAUCCAUGGAGAUGUCUGUGGACGAACCCUUUGGGCUGGAUCCAGUUCAUCAGAAGGAGCAGUCCUGCAGUUCCAACCUCAGUUAUAGUAGCUCUGGAAUUGAUAGCGGCAGCAAAGAGAAAGCCGAAAAUGACUUGCACGAUGAUG